CAUGAUUUUGAAAGUUCAGUCUGUCACAGCCGUCGACCUGUAGAACCACGCUAAUUCUCGUGAUUGUUGCACUGAGUUCAGAAAAGGUAUUCGUUAUUAACCAUUUUAAACAAAAAACGUACAAUCUUUUUGAAAUAGACAAAACGGCGAUAUUAUUGAGUAAGUGAAGACUCUUAAGACUAUUAAAUAAUAGAAAUGUCGAGAAAAAUCACAUCUUCUGCUCAUCUAAGCAAGACAGUGGAAUUGGGAAAAGAGACGACACACACGAACUAUGUAAAAACAAUUCGACUUAAACGCGUUACCGAAGAAGACAUUGGAAAGUUGCUGUGGUCGAUUGAGAAUUCAUUCAUAAGAAAAAUAUCUCUUCACAAUUGUCUUUUGGCUUCUGAAAAGCUGAACAAAAUUCUUGAUGCAAUAUCAAAAAGCAAAAAUAUAUGGGCGCUUUGUCUUGACGUUAGAGGGAAUUACUAUGACAAUGAGUCUAUCAGAAUAUUGUGCCAAGCGGUUGAUAAAAUAUCAUCUCUUAAAAUCCAUAAACUCAACUCAGAUGAUUUGGAAAAAUUACUACAGAGAGUGAGAGAUGAUAAAGUCAAGCUUGACAUAUUAGAUGUCAGCGGAAGUUCACUGAGUGACCCAUCUCUGCACCAUUUGCGCGAACUCAUCAAAUGCAGGAAAAUAACAACGAAAUUAAAUCUAGAAGAUUGUGAGGGAGCAUACCGAGCAUUGAUAGCAAAUGACAAAGAUAUGUUAAACGAAAUUUAUCAAAGAAACAAGAAAAUCUCGAUGAACGCCGAAUUGCAAUGGCAGCAGAAUCUAAAGAUCAAAUGGUUCAGACAUUACAACGUGAUAAAGGAAAACCUUGGUUCGCAGACGACGGAGGUGACAGAAAAUGCCGAAAUAAGUCAUCAAGUUAUUAAUAAUGAUGACAGUUAUAGAACGAUUGACUCAGGAUUUAGCGGUGAUUGUCAAUCAGAAAUGAGCUUCGAACAGAAUGAGGAAAUGCAUUCACCACCUGUCAAAGCCGAACCCAUUAGGACACCAGUGCAGUUCGAUCUUCCUAUCAAAAUCAUGUCCCAUAUAUUAUUCCAAAACGAUCGUGAAUUUUCUGUAAUAAUAUGGCCGAACAAAAUAAAUAGACCAAUGGAUGGCAUCAACUUUUCCGUGGGUAUGAUGGAGAAAUCAGGAUACAAAAUAAUUCAUCCUCUGUCAGAAUUUGUCGCGAUAAACCCCGAAAAUCCGGUUUGCCUCGAAUGUACCAAUAAGGCCGAUGUAACGUUCACGCCACCAAGAGAUAAUAUCCGCGAUGAUUUGAGAGGGAUGACAUGCAGAAAUAUCAAAUUCAGAUUGGAUGGGGAUUGUUUGGAAGGAAUACGUGAGAAUGGCGAAGACAUUGAUAUCGUGUACACCAUUGGAGACAGUAUGAUUCCGCUAUGUGUCCGUUUGAAGAAACGAGUCGAACACAAUACCAAAGAAAGCAAGGAAAUCAACAUACACAUUGGAGAUUCUUCAGUUUCAGCAAAUACAUACACGGGAAGACACGGAACCACGAACAGCACACAAAAAGACGUCACUAAUGUUGCAAACGUACGAGAUACAGCAUAAAUACGAGAUGAUGGAUUUUAUUUGACAAAUUCGUCGUUUUUACCAAUUUAUUCUGGUGCAUCUCGAAUAGACAGACUCGAAAGUUUGAUUCUUGGAAUGAUCAAAAUACGAAGAGAGGGAUCCAUGCUUCAGUAUUUGUACCUGCAGACUGACCGUCCAAGCUGAAGAAUCUCCAGCAGAAAAUUGUGCAAAGUUUAUUUUAAGAGUAAAAAUGUCUAAAAAAAGAUUGAUUACCUGGCCAGCAAACUCUCCGCUUUUUUGAAAUUUAAAAUAUAUUAUAUAUAUCUUUACCUGAAAGGGACAACUAAUGUACGAACUAUUUAUAUUUUUGGAGUCGAAUGACAAAUUUUUGGUGAA